AUGCUGCAGACAAUUUACGAGAGUGACUCGUGUUUUUCCUCAGAUGGGGUUUCUGGACGUGAACAGCUCUUGGCUCAGCAAAGGAUGCACAGUAUGAUCAGCUCAGUGGAUGUGAAGUCGGAGGUUCCCGUGGGAUUAGAGCCUAUCUCACCAUUAGACUUGCGAACUGAUCUCAGGAUGAUGGUUCCCAUGGUGGACCCAAUUAUGCGUGAAAAGCAGCUACAGCAGGAACUACUUCUGAUCCAGCAGCAGCAGCAAAUUCAGAAACAACUUCUGAUUGCAGAAUUUCAGAAGCAGCAUGAAAACCUGACCCGCCAGCAUCAGGCCCAGCUCCAGGAGCACAUAAAGUUACAACAGGAACUCCUAGCCAUUAAACAACAGCAAGAACUCCUUGAAAAAGAGCAGAAACUGGAGCAGCAGAGACAAGAGCAGGAACUGGAGAGGCAUCGCAGGGAACAACAGCUUCCUCCCCUCCGAGGCAAAGAAAGAGGCCGAGAAAGAGCAGUGGCCAGUACAGAAGUGAAGCAGAAACUUCAAGAGUUCCUACUGAGUAAAUCGGCAACAAAAGACUCUCCAUCAAACGGGAAGAAUCAUUCCAUCAGCCGCCACCCCAAGCUCUGGUACACGGCUGCCCACCAUACCUCACUGGAUCAAAGCUCUCCACCCCUGAGUGGGGCCUCGCCACCGUACAAAUACACUUUACCAGGAGCGCAGGAUGCCAAGGAUGAUUUUCCACUUCGUAAAACGGCUUCAGAGCCCAAUUUGAAGGUACGUUCAAGGUUAAAACAAAAGGUGACAGAAAGGAGAAGCAGUCCUUUACUCAGGAGAAAGGAUGGAAAUGUUGUCAGUUCAUUCAAGAAGCGACUCUUCGAGGUGACAGAGUCCUCAAUCAGUAGCAGCUCCCCUGGAUCAGGUCCCAGUUCCCCAAGCAAUGGUCCGACCAGCAGUAUAACAGAAAAUGAAACCUCAGUUUUGCCAUCUAACAUUCAAGCUGAGCAUCUGGUUUCACAGCAACGCCUUUUGAUACAGGAUGAAUCAGUGAACUUGUUGAGUCUGUACACAUCCCCUUCUCUGCCCAACAUCACCUUAGGACUUCCAGCAGUACAACCUCAGAUCAGCGCUUCAUCGUCAUUCAAAGAAAAGCAGAAGGGGGAGACCCAGUCGCUCAGACAAGGAGUGGCCUUGGCUGGACAGUAUGGAGGGAACAUUCCUCCAUCCUCAACGCAUCCUCAUGUUGCUUUGGAGGGAAAGCCCAACAGCAGCCACCAAGCUCUCUUGCAGCAUCUGUUGCUGAAAGAACAAAUGAGACAGCAAAAACUUCUUGUGACUGGAGCGGUUCCUCUUCAUCCACAGUCUCCUUUAGCAGCGAAGGAGAGAGUCUCACCUGGCAUAAGAGCAGCCCACAAACUGCCUCGUCACAGGCCACUGAAUCGAACUCAGUCAGCUCCUCUUCCUCAGAGUACUUUGGCACAGCUGGUCAUCCAGCAACAGCAUCAACAAUUUUUGGAGAAGCAGAAACAGUACCAGCAGCAGAUCCAUAUGAAUAAGAUGCUCUCUAAGUCCAUUGAGCAGCUCAAGCAGCCUGGCAGUCACCUGGAGGAAGCUGAAGAAGAGCUUCACGGAGAUCACUCGAUGCAGGAAGAGCGAGCUCCUGCCAGCGGUGCCAGCGUUAGGGCUGAGAGCAGCAGUGCUGGUGUGGAUGACAGAAUAGGACAGCAGGUGGGGGCUGUGAAAGUCAAAGAGGAGCCACCCGACAGUGAUGAGGAUGUUCAAACCCAGCAAAUGGAAUCUGGGGAGCAAGCUGCUUUUAUGCAACAGGUAAUAGGCAAAGAUAUAGCUCCAGGAUUUGUAAUUAAGGUUAUUAUCUGAACGUCACAUGCAUUUUCUAGGCUUUGAUAAGCGGUUGUGUUUUGAUUCACUGAUUGAGCAAAUCCUGAUUUACUGUUCAAAGAUGCUAACAAAGGCAAAAGUGUUGUAUGUACACUUGAAAACAUAGUGAAGCUCAUCCUUAUGGCCACCAAUUGAGAAAAUACCUGUAGCGGCCAAUUAUUCUACAUAAAUCUUUGUGUAGUAGCUAAUAGACUUUGUAUUAGCCCAGGAUUACAUUACAUCGCUUAGUUCUAGGGAAAGCUCGUUGAGAUCAGCAAUUGCUGGAAUUAGUUUCCAGACCU